GUCUCCAGACUUAGUUCCCGGAAGAGUGGUACUGUCAUAGGUUUAUGAGUUCAUCGCCAAUACAUGAUUAAAGAUUUUUCAAAUGUUUCUUCAGUCGUUAAAUCAGCUCAGUCUUUUACACUGAAGAGUCAUGAUGAAGCUCGAGUAGUUCAAGGCAUAUCCUUCAAUGCUGCUGGGGACAGGAUGGUCACUUGUAGUGAUGAUCGAACAGUAAAAAUAUGGUGGACAGAUAUUCAAAGGAUGCAAUCUGGUGAAGGAUAUGUACCCUGGACCCAUCUUUGUACACUCUCUGGUUUUCACAAUCGUGCCAUAUACUCAGUUCAUUGGACAAGGGACGGUAUUAUUGCUAGUGGAGCAGGGGAUGAUACUAUACAGUUAUUUGUGGACAGCGACUGCAGUGACUCUGUUGUUGAAACUGCCUGCAUACAAACUUUUGCUUAAGAAGGAGAAAGCACAUGAAAUGGAUGUAAACUCAGUCCAAUAGUCACCUGAUAAGGAAAGCCGGUUACUUGCCUCGGCGAGCGAGAGCGACGAUAAUACGGUUAAGAUUUGGAAACUUAGUCAUGCAUUUUGAAUUAUUAGUGUUAGGUUUCUAAUUUAGUUAAAAACUCAUUGUUAAUAAUACUAGGAGUGUUUUCUUAGUUAGUUAGGCUUGCUUUUUAAGUUUUAGUAUUACGCAGAGAUGCAGUUUUGUUUCUGAAACUAGGGAAAGCUUAAA